AUGGUUGUAGCGGAGAAAGCAAUAAAGGAUGGAGUAGUGAUGAUGGAAGAUGUAGUGGCUGAAGAAAAAGAUAAAGGGAAUGAUGUUUUGGUCCUGGAGACUCCGGAGGCCACCAUCAUCACAGAAAUUUUUGAUGAGCCUCCACAAAUGGAAGAAGAGGAAAUUGCGAUCAUUAAAAGAGAAGAAAAUGAGAUCGUAGUUGAAGAGAGGGUGUGCUGCCAGAAGAGGCCAAGAAGGAAGUUGAAGGCAACUAAGGCAGAGAAGGAAGCCGAAGCUAGAUUGAAGAAGGCAGCAGAGGUCGAGAAGGAAGACGAGAAGAAGAAGAAGAAGAGAAAGGAAAAGAAUGUUGGAAAGGCGGAGUCGUCGCAUCAUCAAAAGUUCAGAAAGAACAAAGAGAAAAAGUAUGAUAACGAAGAUGAAGGGGCCAAGAAGAAGAGGAGAAAGGAGAAAGAAGAUAGAAGGUUGCAGCGAAAAAAGAAGAGGCACCUAAGAGAAGAAGAAAAAGCAAAGCAGAGGGCUGCAAGCCCCGAGAAGGAUGGAGAGUUGACCUCCGUAGUGUGGGGCUUCUAUCGUGGGCAUCUGCACGGAAAUAGGGAUGCGGUGACUUUUAAGGGAGAAACAGUACACUUCAGCGCAAAGGACAUCAAUGAACUUUAUCAGAUGAGGGACAACCCUGAUGCACCAGGGAGCAAGAUCAUUGAUGAUCCUAUAGAAGAACUGAUGAGAGACGCGCUGAAGGUACUAGCGCAACCAGGCAUAAGAUGGGCAGUCUCCCCUAAAGGAAUCCGCACUCUGGAGUCUAAGUCUUUGCUGCCGGAGGGAAGGCUCUGGGUUUAUUUGGUCAAGAAGUAG